AUAAAACUUAUGGAUAAAGCCAUCACCCAAAACAAAAUUCCCCCCAAAAAUAAAAAUUCAUAGAAAAAACGAUGCUCCUCUAUGGCGGAGCAACUUCCACCAGAUGCUUGAUGAAACGCCCCUUUGAUCGCCAAGUUCAACUCCUCCUCAGAAAAGCUCCCAUCUUCGGUCUCAAUUUCACCGCAGGAAACUCCCUUGCCGCCGCAAUAACGGCCGCAGCAGCGGCAGCGCUGGUGUUGUCUGCGGGGGCCAUAGAGGUGGCAGUGCCGUCGCAGCCGGAGGAGACGCUAUCUAACGUGCCGCAGACGCUCUCGAGCGUGUGCGGCCCCGAGCAAAAGGACUGCAGGAAAAGAUAUAAAAUCCAGAGGCCGAAGUCGAAGGCGGCGGAGGCUUGCACGAGUAAGUGCUCUUCGACUUGCAUGCAAGGCGGUUACGGUUCCCCCGGUGAAGGCCCGUUUAAUAUCCGGAGACCAUUAGUUGUUUUCAAAGAAGGAUUUCGAAGUCGAAAAUAUUGUUUAUCAGAAUGCUCUGACAUUUGUAACUUGAUUAGAGAUGGAGAAGAUGGACCCUGAUUCAUUCAUUUUUUCUUUUCUUUUCUGUUUAUUUCGUAUAGAAUUAUUCAAAAGUAGAAUGAGAGUCUUGUUUUUAAUAUGUAAAUCCAGAUAUUCGUGUAACUGAGUUUAUUUAAUUGCUUUGUACUCCUAAUAACGAAAUGAGCUGAGUGAAACAACCAAAA